AUGUCAGUGGCGGAGAAGAAAGCAAUAAGCGCCAAAGCCGAGUCUAGGAAAUGCGCUGGACGUCUCUGGAGGCUCUUUCCUCACCUGCUGCUGUGUCUGUCUCUGGUCGCCUACGCUGCGCUGGGUGCGCUCGUCUUCCAGUACAUAGAAGGACGCGGCGAGUCCAGCAACCUGACGGAGUACCAUGGGUUCCUGGGGGAGAUUAUCAGCACCGUGCAGGAUCUCACCGGCAACAACUCUUUGACUAAUCAAACCAUACUGAGGAAAGUAGAUGAUAAGAUGAGAAACGAAUUCAAGUCCAUAUGGCUCCAGAGACCUGACAGGUGGGACUUCUUUGGCUCCCUGUUCUUCUGCUGCACUGUAUUCACCACGGUUGGGUAUGGGGAGAUCUAUCCAGUUACCCAGUCUGGUAAGGUGGUAUGCAUUUUGUAUGCCAUGGUGGGCAUCCCUCUUAUGCUCCUGGUCAUCCUGGAUGUAGGAGACUUCCUUGCCAUGCUUAUGUCCAGAGCCUACGUACGCAUUCACAGCCUCUGCAAAACGCUCUUCUCCCACACCUGGUCGCCGCUGAAGGCUCGUAGGAGGGCAGCGGAGUCCAAGCACUGUGCCCUGACUGAUGGAACCUUCGUUUUUAGCCACGACGUUGUUAUCCGUGAACCCCUUGACAUCCGGCAGGUGCUGCGCAGCCAGGAAGACGUGCGGCAGAAGUCAAUCCAUCUCCAAAACAACAAGGAGAUCUUCGAGAAGAUUCUUGCCAGGGAUAAUUUACUCAGAAAGGACCCGAUGCUCAGGACUCUCUCCUGUCCAGAGCUGAACCGGCUGCCACCCCCACCCAAGGGAUAUGUCAUAUGGGACUUCUCAGGGUUAGGGGAUGGGAUGGAAAUGCUGGAUGUUCCCUUUGUGUUGAUUCUUUUAGUUGUGUUUGCCUACAUUUCAUUUGUAGGUUUUAUCCUUCCGUAUUGGGAAACUGAAAUCACGGGCUUUGACCCCUACUACUUCUGCUUUAUCACACUCACAACCAUAGGUUUUGGCGACAUUGUACCCAAACACCCCAAGUACUUUAUGUUUACCUCACUCUUCAUCAUUGCCGGCAUGGCCAUCAUGUCCAUGGCGUUUAAACUGGGCCAAACACGAAUUGUAAGCUGCUACCGCCAGUGCAUAAAGUUCAUCAGCAGGGGAAAUGGGGGGACUUUCAGGGACAAAGAGAUUCACUAA